UUUUAUUUUUUAUGCGGAAGUUAACCCGGAAGUAAAUAAACCCACGUGUCGAUGUUGAAGAAUGUCGACCAAUAGUGCAGAGAAAAGACCUAAACCUGCGUCCUCUCAGUUCGGGGACCAGAUUCCCUGGAAGAAAAGGAAAGCAGAAUUAAAGGAGAAACAGAAGCAGUGGAAAAAGGCUAAAAUCAUCAAACAGUUGGAGAAGCAGAAACGGCAAGAGACUGCAGAAAGAGCGGAGCAGGAGGAAAGCCAGAGUAAAAAAGGUCGAGCUUUCACGGUGAGCGUGGCCCUUCCGGGCUCCGUCCUGGACAACGCUCAGUCCCCUGAGCUCCGGACGUACCUGGCGGGACAGAUUGCCCGAGCCUGCGUCGUGUUCAACGUCGACGAGAUCGUCGUGUUUGACGAGCAGGGGGAAGAUGUCAAGAGUGUCGAAGGAGAAUUCAAAGGUGUUGGGAAGAAGGGCCAUGCGUGUAUUCAGCUUGCCAGAAUACUUCAGUACAUGGAGUGUCCGCAGUAUUUGCGCAAGUGGUUCUUCCCGGUGCACAAAGACUUACAGUAUGCAGGUUUGCUUAACCCUCUGGACAGUCCUCAUCACAUGAGGAUAGACGAAGAGUCAGAGUACCGAGAAGGAAGAGUCCUCAACAAGCCACCCAAACAAGGAAAGGGUUCGUUGGUGAACUGUGGAAUGAGAAAGGACGUGCGGAUUGAUAAACAACUUCAGCCGGAUCUGCGAGUUACAGUGAAACUCAGUAAGACACAGAAUCAAGAAAGCAGACUUUAUAAAGGUGUCGUCGUGGCGCCUCAUGUUCCCCGAACAGAAGGUGGUCUCUACUGGGGGUACACGGUCCGCCUGGCAUCCUGCCUGAGUUCAGUUUUCACUGAGAGUCCUUUUAAAGAAGGGUAUGACCUGACAGUUGGCACCUCAGAGAGAGGCAGCAGUGUGGACCAAGCCACUCUGUCACCAUUCAAGCACCUUUUGGUGGUUUUUGGAGGUCUUCAGGGUUUGGAAGCCAGCCUGGACGCAGACCAAAACCUGGAUGUGACCGACCCCAGCGACUUGUUUGAUCUCUACCUCAACACAUGUCCCGAUCAGGGCAGUAGAACCAUUAGAACGGAGGAAGCUAUUCUAAUCUCCAUGGCGGCACUGAGACAGAAGAUCACAGCUGCUUUUCCAGAUGAUUCCAGCAGCUCAUGAAACAUACUGUAAACAUAUCCUUGUGUCAAAUAUCUGAUAAUUCCCUUCUGUAAAUAGGCAUCGACUUCAUUGACCAGUCUGUUUUUUUUUUUUUUUGUCUUUGCUAUGCAGUGGAAACUGAACAUGAUUUGUGUGUUACCUGUCUUAACAUUGCUUUGAUGCACAGUUCUGAAACAAAACACAUUGAAGUUUUAUAUUUUUUGAGCAAGAACCUAAAAUAUAUCUGCGCCGAGAAAAAAAAGAUAAAUUCUAAAUUGAGCUUCAGUGCCUUGCACAAGAAUCUCCUUGAAUGAAUCUCAUGUUUUCAGGCUGCAGUUUAACAGUCAUUGCACAACUCAUUCGGAGUUUGUCUGGAUGGUAGACAUGCAUCUUAAAAAGAAAAUUUGAGGUGAAGUUAAUACAGUCUGCAGCAAAUUCUUCCUUUAUUAUGGAUAUAAUCUUUGUGGUGCAAACAUAACUUACAGUAGUAUGAAGUGCUGCUCUUUUCCAGUCACAUAAAAAUGAAAGACAAAAAAAAGAUAUCUGCCUUCUCUGAUCUGAAAGUUGUUAAAAACAAUUAUUUGUGUCUUACAUCACCAUAAUUUUAAUAUUUAAUUGGAUUUUGAUACUUGAUACCCGAUAAAA